ACAGCCUCCGCUCUCCUCACAACAACCUACAGCGUCGGCAACGAACAGAGAUAUAAGAUGGAGGCAGAGAGCUCAGCACUUCCCUCACCCAAGCAAAGCAGCAAAGCGGAGGGGACCGGAGAAGCCAGGGCUUCCUUGGGUGCACACCACAUCAAGAGGGACCCU